AACCCAUAUUUGAACCAUGUGGUUGAAUGUGAACGACAUGAACCCGAAAAGUGUUUUUCUGCAAAACUUACUUUUUUCUCCUGUCUUCCAACCUCAUCAAACACGUGAGGCUGAUGAGCUCUGUGGGAGGAGUCAACUCUGUGGGAGGAGUCAGAGAGAGCAUAAAAGGAGGAGUCAGAGGGAGGAGUAGAGGAGGUGAGCCUGAGCAGCGCCCGCAGAAGAACUUGUGCCUUUCUCUGAAGCCACUUUGUAAAUCUGCAGCAGGUUUCAGCUGUCGCACUCAGAGGAUCUUUCACAUUAUAAAAGGUGAAAGAUGGAUUCUCAAAGUAGCAGGACGCUGCAGAUGCCCGCACUGGGCCGCCCCUUUAAACUGGGCAUGUUAUACGACUGCAGAGAUGACGCCAUUGUCCCUGGGAUCACACUCUGGGACCCGGACCAUUUGAAACGGGACACCGGGACACAGAUUAAACCCAACAGUCUGUUUGAAGUCAUGGCUUCAGAAUCCAUUGAAGGAAAAACAUCAGCCUUAAAAGUGGAAGCUUCACUUAAAGCCAGUUUCCUCUCUGGCCUGGUGGAAGUCGAUGGAUCGGCCAAGUAUCUGAACGAUCAAAAAAAGUCCCAAUACCAGGCACGAGUCACGCUCAAAUACAACGCCACCACCAGGUUUGAGGAACUCAGCAUGAAACAUCUGGGACGAGGAAAUGUGACUCAUCCAGACGUCUUUGACAAAGGCAUCGCCACUCACGUGGUCACUGGGGUUAUGUACGGCGCUCAGGCUUUCUUUGUGUUUGACCGCAAAGUCUCUGAAAGUGAAAGCAAACAGGAUGUCCAAGGAAACCUUCAUCUGGUUGUCCAAAAGUUUCUCUCCAUUGAAGGAAAAGGAGACCUGAAGUUGAACGAGGACGACUGGGCCAACGCCAGCGACUUCUCCUGUAAAUUCUAUGGAGACUUUAACCUUGGGGAAAGUCCAGGUAAUUUUAAAGAUGCAAUGAAUGUGUAUAAGACUCUGCCCACACUACUUGGGGCGAAUGGAGAGAGGGCAGUUCCAGUGACGGUCUGGCUGCUGCCACUCACGACUCUGGACUCGGCUGCGGCUCGUUUGGUGCGGGAGAUCAGCCUGCACUUAGUGAAUGAAGCACAGCGCCUCCUGGAGGACUUCAAUGACCUGGACAUGCGCUGCAACGAUGCACUGAGCACCAAAAUUCUGGAGGACUUUCCUCAGAUCCGCAAAAAUAUAAAACUGUUCCAAGAUUAUUGUAAAGAGUUUAGGUUGAAUUUCCAAAAACUUUUGGCACGGAAGCUUCCAGCGAUCCGCGGAGGAGGAGAAGAGGAGGCAGAACUGGCUGACAUCAUUAAAGAGAAGACAUCCUCUCCCUUUAAAAGCUCAAACCUCAGUGAGUGGCUGGAGCUUAAAGAAAGAGAACUAGGAAUCUUGAGGUCCUACACAAGCAUGAAAAACACCAGAGUGGUGCAGCCUAAAGAGGUCGAUGAGCAGAUUCUGAGCAGAGACAAGUGUGUUUGCUUUGUCUUUACGUCUUUGGGGCAGAACGAGCCAUAUCUGGAGUCAUUACGAAUGUAUUUACAAGGAGACACUUCUGCUGCUGUUCAGCCUUUGGAGGAGGAGCAGUGGUUUGAGUCUGUGGACGUCAUCAAUGCAAUGAGACACAAGGCGAAACUAUUCAGUGAAUUUGCUGAAGCCAACAAAGAAAACCCGGAUGUGACGUUUCUGAUGAUGAGCCAAACCGACGAGAACCAUAAAGGGUCAAGUAUUUACCUCUACGAAGCAGGCAGUUUUCCAAAUAAAGACUUUGAACCUACUUCAAAACCUGAGAAAAUAACAGUGCGAGACCUUGACUACAAUAAGGUGACAUUAGAACUCUCCCCUCCUAAAUUUGGGGCUAAAAACAUCACGUCUUUCAGGGUUGAGUUCAGCGGGGACGGAGGAGAUAAAUGGCGUCAAACCACUGCUCCAGGAACUGAAGUCACCCUAGAAGAUCUGGACCCAAACGUAGAAUAUAAAGUCAGAUGCCAGGCCCUGACCGGAGUCGGCGUCAGUCCAAUGUAUGAAAUGAAAGAUCCCAUAAAAACCUUACCCUGCAGUGCCCCAAGAAACCUUCAAGUGGCAAUGUCUCCAACAGAAAUGUCGAUCAAGUGGGAGAAGCCCGCAGUGUUUGGCAAAAACGCAGAGCUGGUGGGCUUUGUGGUGGAGUAUGCUCCGAGUGACGGUGACCGGCCGCUGCCGUGGAAACAGCAGUAUUCAGUGCGUCAGAGACUGGACGUUUCAGGACUUCAGCCGGACACUACAUAUGCAGUGAGGCUGUACUGUGACUGUGGGCUGUCUGGGCGGAGCAAAGGCACUGACAUCACUUACGUCAUCACCAUGAGACGUGAGUUAAAGCGACUGGCCGAGCACCUCAAACACAUGAGCAAACAGAUCCGAUCUGACUCUCACCCUCCACAGUUCAGACUGCCCCUGACCGAGGAGAACUUGGACAUCGAUGGAUGUCGCAUGUUCUCCCUGGGCAAAGAAAGCAUCCAGCCGAACCGCACCGUGAUGGUCCUGGGAGCCACGGGAGCCGGAAAGUCCACUUUAAUAAACGGCAUUGUGAACUACAUCACCGGUGUGGAGCGCAAAGACAACUUCAGGUUUAAGUUAGUCCACGAGGAUCCGUCCAGAUCGCAGGCCGAGAGCCAGACCUGUGAGGUGAGUGUGUAUAAACUGCACUAUGAGGAGGGCUUCAGGGUGCCGUUCUCUCUCACUGUGGUGGACACGCCCGGCUUUGGAGACACCAAAGGGAUCCAAAGGGACAGAGAAAUCACAGAGCAGAUCCGAAAACUCUUCAGCUCCUCUCGGGGCGUCACUCACAUCGAUGCCAUCUGCUUCGUGGUCCAGGCCUCUCUGACCCGCCUCACGCACACACAGAAAUACAUCUUUGAUUCGGUGCUGUCCAUUUUCGGCCAAGACGUGGCAGAGAACAUUUUGUUGUUGGUGACUUUUGCAGAUGGAAAACAGCCUCCGGUUCUGGACGCCAUAAAUGCUGCUGGAAUCCCCUGCCCAAAAAAUGAAGCAGGUCUCCCAGUUUACUACAAGUUCAACAACUCUGUGUUGUUCUCAGACAACAGGGACACAGACAGAGAUGCAGAUGGCUCAGAGGACGACUCGGAGGACAACUUUGACCAGAUUUUCUGGCAAAUGGGCACUAAAAGUAUGCAGAGGUUUCUCACCGACUUAAAUAAAAUGGAAACCAAGAGUUUACAAAUGACAAAAGACGUGCUCAAAGAACGUAAGCAGCUGGAGACUGCAGUGGAGGGUCUGCUGCCGCAGGUCAAAGCCGCAUUAGCCAAAAUCCAAGAAAUAAAAACAAUUAUGGAGAGAGUGAAAGACCAUGAGGCAGACAUGACAUCCAAUAAAAACUAUGAAAUCCAAGUGGAAGUGAUUAAACCAGUCCAAGUCCCACUCACCAACAAACGAGAGUAUCUGACCAACUGCCAGGCUUGUCAUGUGACCUGCCACUAUCCGUGUGCCAUCAAAGACGACAGUAAGAAGGACGGGUGCACCGCCAUGAACCCAGUGGGCACAUGCACAGUCUGUCCCGGCAAGUGCCACUGGAGCGCUCACCUAAACCAGGACUACAGGUGGGAAUAUACCCCAGUGAAGCAGAAGCAGACACUCAGAGACAUGGAGCAGAAGUACGCUAAAGCUAAAGAGGAGAAGCUGACCAUGGAGCAGAUAAUCCAGAGACAGGAGGAGGAGAUCGAAAACCUGCAGGAAGUCGUCGUGUCCCUGAUCGACCAAAUGGCUCAGAAUUUAACACGUCUGAGUGAGAUUGCUCUGAGACCCAACCCGCUCACAGCUCCAGACUACAUCCACAUGAUGAUCGAAGGAGAGAAGAGCGAGAGGAAGCCUGGAUACAAGGAGCGAAUUCAAGCUCUGGAGAUGAUGAUGGACAAGGCCAAAAUCAUCUCCCAGGUCUCCAAGAAGGGCGCAGUCAGGGAGCCCCAGGAGAGCGAGGAGCCGCAGCCGGGGAAGAUGAGGAUUUGGAGAGAUGUUUUCAACGCGUUUCAAAAAUAAACAAAUAUAAACUAUAUAAAUAACAGAACCUUAAAGCACAUGUGUUACAGUUAAUACCCCACAGAAGUCAAACGCCCGCUCUUUAAUACUGUGUGGCUUUUUGCUCUAAUACUCACAAUAAUCACUUUUGUAUACUCACAAAACAAUACAAUACUCACAACAUGAAAAAGACAUAAUUGGUGCCUUUCAACUUUGCUUUGGAAUUUGAUUACAUUUUGUUUUUGUUUUUUUGUUGUUGUUUUUUUGCAUAUUUGAAAUAAGCUCAUAUUUAAAUGUUAAGGCUCAUCUUAAAGUACUUUAUUUUUUGAACAGGAUUGCAAAAUAUGUUAAUAAAUACAUGUAAAACUGGAAACAGGAAUUGACAAAGUAUAAAAAUGUAUAAACAUUUGAUUCACUUGAUUUCUUUGGGACAAAAGGCGCAGGUUUAGCAGAAUGACCCUGAACUGUGACAUUAUGUUAAUCAGAUUGUUAAUGAUAUGUUUAAGCUAAUGUCUCACCUUCACCUGUCCUGUCUUCUUAUGGUAAACACAAUACAAGUUGAUGAACACA